AUGGCCCGCUCCGCCAUCGUCCAAGAAUACGCUCCUCCUCCGUCCGCCACGCCCACCUUCUCCGUCGACCGCAAAGUCACCCACGAGCGCCAACAAAAUGGCAUCGUUCGUCCCAAGGGCUAUCGCGUCUCGUGGCACGCCAACCCGGCCGUCGAACCGCACCACUUCGGCCAGUCGCACCCCAUGAAGCCCUGGCGCCUGACCCUCACGAAGCAGCUCGUGAUGGCCUACGGCAUGCACCACGCGAUGGAUCUCUACCUGGCGCGCGCAGCCACCUACGAGGAGCUGGCGGAAUUCCACAAAACCGACUACCUCGACUUCCUGCAGCAGAUCAUGCCCGGUGACAUGGAGAACCCUGAACAAACGGAGAACGUCGCGCGCUUCAACUUCGGCGACGAUUGCCCCAUCUUCGACGGCCUGUACAACUACUGCUCCCUCUACGCCGGCGGCACCAUCGACGCCGCCCGCAAGCUCUGCAACAACCAGUCCGAGAUCGCGGUCAACUGGUCCGGCGGUCUUCACCACGCCAAAAAGGCCGAGGCCAGCGGCUUCUGCUACAUCAACGACAUCGUCCUCGGCAUCCUGCAGCUCCUGCGCCUCCACCCACGCGUCAUGUACAUCGACAUCGACGUCCACCACGGCGACGGCGUCGAGCAAGCCUUCUGGUCCACGGACCGCGUCCUGACCGUCUCCUUCCACAAAUACGACAAGGACAACUUCUUCCCCGGCACCGGCUCCCUCGACAGCACGGGGCCCACGCACCCGCUCAACCCGGGCGCGCACCACUCCGUCAACGUGCCCCUCCACGACGGCAUUGACGACGAAUCCUACAUCCAACUCUUCCGCGAGGUCGUCGGCUCCUGCGUCGACGUCUACCGCCCCGGCGCCAUCGUCCUGCAAUGCGGCGCUGACUCCCUGGGCUGCGACCGUCUCGGCUGCUUCAACCUCAACGUCGCCGCCCACGGCGCCUGCGUCGCUUUCGUCAAAACCUUCAACCUCCCCCUCCUCGUCGUCGGCGGCGGCGGCUACACCCCCCGCAAUGUCUCCCGCGCCUGGGCCCACGAAACCUCCAUCCUCAUCGACGCCCAGGACACCAUCGACCCCCACAUCCCGGAGACCGUCACCUUCCGCAACCACUUCGGCCCGGAUUACUCCCUCUUUCCCCCGCUGUCCGAGAUGCGCAAGCUCGAGAACAAAAACCCCCGCACAUACCUCGCCGGCCUCGUCCAGUCCAUCCACGAACAGCUUCGCUACAUCCAGGGCGCCCCCAGUGUCCAGAUGAGCGUCAUUCCUCCGGAUAUCCUGGGUCUCCGCGAAGACACCGAGAAGGAGAUCGAAGAGGAAGCCAACCUCGCGGACGAGGAGCGCGAAGAGCAGUCCGGUGGCGGAAGCCUGGGGAAAACCAGUCGACGGAGAGACCUGGAGCGCGGGCUGGGACAAGGCGGGGAAGCGUUCUGA